CUGCGUGGGAGUUACGCCGGAGCCUCUUCCGCCCCAAGUCUUUGCGGCUGGAUUUCUCCAGGCCUGAGUCUCUGAAGCGCUAAGCGGGGAUAACUGGAGGCUGGACCAGGUGCGCGCCCUGGGGCCAGGCUCGCUACGCACUGGCUGACCGAGAACUGGAAUGGCCGAAUAUCAAUCUCGAAUUCCAAGUUUGAAACUGGAUGAUUCAGUUAUAGAAGGAGUAAGUGACCAAGUCCUUGUCGCCGUUGUGAUCAGUUUCGCUUUCAUUGCUACAUUGAUAUAUUUACUUUUAAGAAAUGCAGAACAAAAUAUUCAUCCUGACAACCAAGAGCUAGUGCGGGUGCUACGGGAACAACUUCAAACAGAACAGGAUGCACCUGCUGUCGUUCGGCAGCAGUUCUACACUGAUAUGUCCUGUCCAAUCUGUUUACAUCAGGCUUCUCUUCCUAUUGAAACAAAUUGUGGACAUCUUUUUUGUGGUACCUGCAUUAUUGCAUACUGGCGAUAUGGUUCAUGGCUUGGGGCUAUUAGUUGUCCAAUCUGCAGACAAACGGUUACCUUACUUUUAUCGGUAUUUGUUGAAGAUAAUCAGACUCAGGAUGUCUUAGAAUUGCGCCAAGAUAUUAAUGACUAUAAUCGAAGAUUCUCAGGACAGCCCAGAUCUAUUAUGGAAAGAAUUAUGGAUCUGCCCACUUUACUGAGACAUGCAUUCAGGGAAAUGUUUUCAGUUGGAGGCCUUUUCUGGAUGUUUCGCAUCAGGAUAUUACUUUGUUUACUGGGAGCGUUUUUCUAUCUGAUAUCACCUUUGGAUUUUGUUCCUGAAGCCUUGUUUGGAAUUCUAGGAUUUUUAGAUGAUUUCUUUGUCAUCUUUUUAUUGCUUAUAUACAUCUCUAUCAUGUAUCGAGAAGUGAUAACACAAAGGCUAAACAGAUGAAAUAAAUGAAUGUUGCUUGAGCUUAUGUGGAAAACCAUUCAAAGGAACCAUAACAAAACACUUGAAUAUCAUUUUGCAGGUUCAAAAACAUCUUAAGAAAUUUUGCUAACUGGAACCAUAUCAGUGUCUUGGAGGUUGUAAUACUGAAACUAUAUUUAUAGCCAUCCACAGCAAUGCCUCUGUUCAAUAACUAUAAAAUAAUAGCUUUUGAAAAAAAUGACUAUAUGGGGAGAUUAAAUGAAAAGGAGUAUUUUUAUAUCUUAAUUUUCUGUCCAUUAAAAUUAAAUCGGUUGGCUGUGUAGAAAGUUACUGAAUAUGCAAUUUAUCCACUACCUUCCUAUACAAUGAAGUAUAAAUAUUAUACUAGGUAAGUUUCUUGUUAGAGUAAAAUGUUACAUAAAAUUUUAAAAAGUCAGUAUCUUUUAAAAAUUGACUAUGUUUUGUGUAUUUGCAACACAGUUUUGCUUUUCCAUUCCAGAAUAACUGCUUUUAUCAACUAAAGCUAAGAGAACUUUUAACCUUGCACAGGAUUUGUUUAGUUCAUACACUGGCUUACAUAAAACAAUUUUUAAUCAAUUCCAAAUUUCAUAGCCUAGUGCAAUACCUU